AUGUAUAUAACUUGCACUGCCAAACGAAACGAACUUCUCAUCUACUUCAGUGCUUCAGCAUUAGCAAACAAUUCGCUCAUCGACACAAAACACCACCUCAAAUACACACAACCCAAAAUGUGUAUACCACUCUUCAGAAAGAAGAAACAUGAUCGGGUCUACGAUUACCAUCCACAACCAGCCAUGGGCUACUCAAAGAAAUACGGCUACAACGACUACGGAUACUAUAACGGCGGCAAGAAGUCGCGUAAACACGGCCGUCACUACGCCUCAGCUGCCGGUGAUUUAGCAGGAGCUUGGGCCGAUUACAGCGGAGGAGGUCAUCAUGGAGGAGGCCACGGUGAUGGCGGCGGCGGAGGCGGCGGCGCAGAUGGUGGAGGUGGAGGAGGCUGUUCAUAA